AUGCUGCAGCAGUAUCCUUCAAAAAAUUCAAAAGUAACCCCCAAUUCCAAACACAACUGGAAUUUCAAAGAUCUACUAACAAUGCCAACAAUAAAUUCGGCAAAGUCAAAGAAAACUGUCAUUACGCCUAAUGCCACGGAACAUGAUCCAACAGGAGUUCAAACCAAUGAAUCCAAGUCUACAUCGGGAACGUCUGACAACACACAAUCACAGAAUGUAAGCAAGUGCUAUUGUUGUGGAACUAUAUUGACUUUCCCAAAUAAAGCCAAAAAAUUCAGAUGUUCUGUAUGUCAUACUACCAUGUUAUUGGGGACUCUGCCAAGUACCGACAGCCCAGAUAUUCCACUAGUGUCAUACAAACACGUGAAGUCAUUGGCAGAUGAAUGUUUCAAAAAUGCCAAUGACAACAAAGGGAAAUUAAAGUCCUUGCAUGAAAUCUUUGAACCUUUGUCAAACUAUCUAUAUCAAGCAUUCAGGAGUUUUGAGAUAUUGAACAAUUCGUUCAAGUUACGACCACACAGCAAACGCCCGCAUCAUUCAACUUCAAACAUUUACUAUUCUGGCGUUCGAGAUGUGAUCAACUUACUUACAAAACUCCCAACUAAAAAGCCAUUGCACUCAGCUUUGAAGGGAGCAAGUGAACAAUUGAAAAGAAUUGAUGUGUAUCUUGAAGAUUCUGGUCCUCUUGCCUAUAGCUGGGUCUUAAUUUUGUUUGAAAUUCCUAUUUUGUCAAGGUCAUUAGUUUUGAAUAAUCCAAAAUUGAAAUUAAUGAGUGAUGUACCGGAGAUCAAAAUGUUGAGUUACGAUAUAUUAAAAAGGUGUUUGGGUAUCUUGUCUUGUAUUGAUAAUGCUAAAACGCUUGGGUACUUUACGAGUUGGCUUUCCAAGUUGGACAGUGCCGAUUUUAUACGCAGAGUCGAUUUGAUAAAUCUUUACAUUACGUUUCAAUUGAAGAAAUACUUUUACUUGGCCAAUAAUCCUCAAAUAAAAUUAAAUCUCAGUCCUUCAGAAGAUGGUUAUGUUGAUAAUAGUGAGGCCGAGUAUUUCCAAAGCUUGCAUUUGAAGAGCCAUAUAGAAUCAAACACAGAUAUAUCGUCACCCUGUCUGUUGAAUCUACCUGCAAGUCAAUUCUCUAGCAACCCUUUCCCAGUGAAACCGAAUGGGAAAAAACAACCAAAAGAAACCAAGGUUAAAGUACAUCAGUAUGGUAAUGAUUGGCAUAUCAAAUCGGCAUUGACUGUACUUUCAAUUGCGUAUAAGGCUAAUAAGCUUAGAAGUGAUCCUGUUCCCGUAUCAGUCUUUUAUAACUCAUUAGUUGAUUAUGUGAAUAUUCGGUUGGAUUUUGAUUCUUGGCAAAGCAACAGAAGAGCUAGAUUCAAAGGCAACAAAUCCCUGCAGCCUGAGCUAUGGGCCGUCAUAGAGUAUAUCCAUGGCACUAGUGUGAACAAAAACUUGUAUGAUGAUGCGUUGUUUUAUAUUUGUCAAUAUCCCUUUUUGAUAUCCUUGGGGGCCAAGAUUUCUGUAUUGGAGUACGAAGCCCGGCGGCAGAUGGAAAGAAAAGCGGAGGAAGCAUUUAUCAAUUCGCUUGACAAACGAGUUAUCAUUGAUGUAUACUUUAGAAUACGAGUCAGAAGAGACCAUAUUGUGCAAGACUCGUUGCAGUACAUUAAAACAAACUCAGAUAACUUGAAGAAAAGUCUACGGGUUCAAUUUGCCAAUGAGCCCGGUGUGGAUGCUGGUGGUUUAAAAAAGGAGUGGUUUUUGCUAUUGACAAAAGAGAUUUUCCAUCCCCAGUCAGGAAUGUUUCAUAAUGUUGAUGACUCGAAUUUUCUAUGGUUCAACAUCAUACCGGUUGAGAACCCAGAUAUGUAUUAUCUUUUUGGUGCAAUAUUGGGAUUGGCCAUAUAUAACUCGACCAUACUAGAUUUGCAAUUUCCGAUCGCUUUGUACAAAAUUUUGCUCAAAAGGGGAUUGGAUAGAGAUGACUACAGAAAAUUGUACCCCGUGUCUUAUAAGAAUUUAAUAAACUUGAAAUCUAUGUCCAACAAGGAGAUAUUAGACUUGGAUUUGACAUUUGAAGUCAGCUAUAGCGAUAUGUUUGGGAAGAAUCACACAACAGAAUUGGUCACCAACGGAGCAAAUAUACAAGUCACCAAAUCAAACUUGGAAGAGUAUAUUGACAAGUAUACUGGGUUUUUCAUGAAAGAUGGAAUUGCAAAACAGGUUGAUGCAUUUAUUACAGGUUUCAAUAAUGUCAUUGGAGGUAAUGCUUUGUCGUUGUUUCUGCCAGAAGAGAUUCAGUUACUAUUGUGUGGUAACGAUGAUCAUAGAAUAGAUGUCGAUGUUCUAAAAUCUGUCACAAAGUAUAUUGGGUGGAGAUCCAGUGAAGAUGCAGUGGACUCCAAGAUUAUAACCUGGUUCUGGGAUCAUAUGAACAAAAUGAGCAAUAAGGAAAGAAAAAAACUAUUGAUUUUCAUAACUGGUUCAGACAGAGUUCCUGCCACCGGUAUACAGAACCUACCAUUCAAAAUUAGUUUACUUAAUAAUGGUCAUGACAGUCAUAGAUUACCCAUUGCUCAUACAUGUUUCAAUGAGUUGGCAUUAUACAACUACAGCACGAAAGAAAAAUUCAUUGAAAAGUUGAAUAAGGCUGUGAAUGAAAGUGCCGGCUUUGGAAUCAAAUGA